CAUGUUUUGUAAAAUUAGCAAAUAUUAUAACAACAGCUUACAUUUAAACUGGAAUCAAAAAUUAGAUGCUACGUCGCACAAUGGCCGAAUUUGACAUUAACGCCGGCCUACAGCAUGUAUUAAAACGUAUCGAGUCGGUGUUGCAAAAUCGUCCAAAGGAAAUUAAUACACCGAAACCUCUACUGGUGGCUGUAAGCAAAACAAAGCCCGUUGAGUGUGUUAUCGAGGCAUAUAAUGCCGGUCAGCGUCAUUUUGGGGAGAACUAUGUACAGGAGCUAGUGGAGAAAAGUCAACAUCCAGAUAUUUUGACACAUUGUCCAGAUAUCAAAUGGCAUCUGAUUGGACAUCUGCAGAGUAACAAAAUCAACAAGGUACUUAAGCUACCGAAUCUGUACAUGAUUCAAACGGUGGACAGCGAGAAGCUCGCCAAUGGAAUCGAUGCCGCCUGGGCUAAGCGACAGCCCGAGCCCACAGAGCCGCUGCGCGUGCUUGUGCAAAUCAACACCAGCGGGGAAGAUGUUAAGAGCGGCAUUGAGGUCAGCGCUGCGCCUUCUCUUUAUCAGUAUAUCAGCAGAAAUCUGAAGCAUCUGCAGCCCGUAGGAAUUAUGACAAUUGGCGCGUAUGGCUUUGAUUAUAGCAGUGGACCUAAUCCGGACUUUGUGGCUCUGAUGCAGGCGCAACACGACAUUUGUAAAGCCAAUUCAUUGCCAGCUGAUGCGGUGCAAGUGUCAAUGGGCAUGUCCAAUGACUAUGACCGAGCGAUCGAAAUGGGCAGCACUAUAGUGCGCGUUGGCACAGCUAUUUUUGGACAUAGGCCCAAGGCAAGCGAGUGAAUAGCUAAAGGAAUGUGGUACAUAGAGAGCUGACGCUCUCUUUCACUCGCCAUGUAGAAUUUUAAUGGCUACGUUUAAUACAGCUGCUUCCCAAUGACGUCCAUGUCGACCAGGCUAGCAAGGCAUAGAAAAAAGUUCGUUUAUUUACCAUAUAUUGAUAUAGACGCCAUAUACUUAAGCAUACAGAAAUGUUAAGAAUUGUGUAUAUACAAGUUUAAUUUGCCUUGUAAAUAUGUAUAUUUAGAGUAUCUUGAGAUAAACAAAUAUUAUGCGUAGGUUGCGCCUUUCCUGUUACCUUUAGUGU